AUGCGCGAUGAUUUGCCGGAAAACACCUCAAUACUGUUCAUUUUCGAUCCUAAGAAUCCUGAAGGAGUCGAAUGGCAAUAUAAAUUAGUACCCGGUAUUGGUCGAUGGUGGCCUCCAGUUGGCAUGUCACCACCACCGUCAAAUAAAAAUUUCGGUGGAAUUGCGGUGAUGCGUUGUGACCGUCUUAUUCGUUUGAUUUCUCUGGGAAUGCCUCAAAAAGGGAGCAAGGAUUCUCGUUGCAACUUGACCUACGAUGGUGUACAGAAGCGCAGCACAAAUUUCAUAAAGCAUGUUCGAUGCAUUCUUGAGGCUGAAAUGUCGAGACGCGAGCAAGUUCGUCGUUAUUGCAGGGAAAAUGAUGAUGGAGAAGCUGAACGAAGUGCGAAGUUAUCGGAAGUUAUCGACUACGAUGGUAUUAAAUGUGUUCUCAAUCAGUGCUACUUAUCUACUCUUGAGGCAGAGAACUGUAAAGGAGCAAGACUUGCUACGAAACCUCGUACUAUGGAUAUGGUAACGAUUACGGUAAGCGUGAAUCCUCGAACGGAAUCUCAAAAGACUACCCCGUUGGAUGAAGUCGAUGUGGCUGAACUUAAACUACGACUUCGGACAACGAUCGCUCAACUUCGUAAGUGGUUCGAACUGGCGCCCCCUAGCAUCCGGUUCAGGCUAUCAAUGGUUAAAUAGUC